CAUGCGCGUUCGGGAUUGGGAGAGUUGUAGGGUGUCCGGCUGCCUGUGGUUGAGCCGCCUCCGGGUCACGUGCUGAGUCUGUUGGGCCAAGGCCGCUGUUGCGUUGCGUGCGGCGGAGAACGCCCAAGUGUUAUAUACCCAGGACAUUCAAAGUUGAGAUUGCAUUUAAGAGAAAUCCAAACACAUUAAGAAUUUCCUAACCUUGUGUAUUUCUGGAUUCCAACAAUAGACUGGAAAUUGGAACAAUCCUAUAGUUUCUCAGAAUAAGAAGUGAUUAUGCAGCGAAGACGGAGGGGAAUAGAUGUUGGACUAAUCUUGCUACUUUCUCAAGUCUUUCAAGUUGGGCUUGAAAACAUUCCACCUGUAACACUUGGGAUCCUAGCCCUGAAUGUUUUUGUUUUUUUGAAACCUCUGAAACCACUGCUGAAAGUGUGUAUCAGUGUAGACCAAGGUUAUUACCGGAAAGACUGGCAGCGUUUGCUGCUUGCUCCAGUUCACCAUGCAGAUGAUUGGCAUUUAUAUUUUAACAUGGUCUCCUUGCUUUGGAAGGGGAUAAAGUUGGAACGUAAGCUUGGAAGCGUAUUGUUUGGGUAUAUAAUUGCAGUAUUUUCAGUGCUGAUUGGCAUUGUGUACAUGGUGUUGGAAUUUGCACUUGCAGAACUUCUGAAUGACCCUUCAUACAAAAUGAAUUGCGCUGUUGGCUUUUCAGGAGUAUUAUUUGCUUUGAAAGUCCUUAACAAUCAUUAUCACCCAGGAGGGACCAGCAACAUCAUGGGAAUUCCUGUAUCCAGCAGAUAUGCUUGUUGGCUGGAGCUUGUGGCCAUUCAUUUAUGUUCCCCAGGGACUUCUUUUGCUGGGCAUCUGGCAGGUAUUCUUGUUGGAUUGAUGUAUACGAUGGGGCCUCUGAAGAUGCUCAUGAAAGCAACUGCAGGUGGCUUUUCCUACUUUAAUGACUCUGCAAGACAGAGAGACUACAACUCAGGGUAUUCUAGACACCCAAGUUACCCAUACAACACUCCAGGGGACUAUGACAUGUACACUGGUGGGCUUACUGAAGAGGAACAGUUUGAAAGGGCAUUGAGAAACAGUCUUCACGACAGAGGUUUUAGUGCAGGAAGUCAUAGCAAUGAGAGGCGACCUUAUGGGUUUUGGUUUCCACCUGAACAGCUAUCAGAAGAGGAAGUGAGAAGACAAAGACUUAAUAGAUUUGAUAGAUGGUGAAAUUGCCAAGGGUAUCAUGAAAAUAUGUAAAGUGCUCUUCAAAGUUGCCAAAAUGUUUGCAGAUCUGUUGAUUUAUACAGUUUCUACUUUAGUUCAGAACUAUUUGCUACUGGCUACAUAAUUUAACAGCAGCAAAACAUGCCAAGAAUUUUGUAAGAUAAGGCUGAAAAUCUAGGCUUAAAAUAAGUGCCCCAGGGUGUGGUCCAAGAGCCAGAAUUUGGUCUAUGGCUGCCCUCCAUUUCGCUGUACUUAAAAUAUGAAAGAAAACUGGUGGACUAAUGAUCGUAACAGGCUGCAACUCCCGUUUGACAUUUCUCUACAAAGGCUUUGUGAAUGCCUUGGCUUUUUGUUUGUUGAUGAGCUCAAUCAACAAUUUCUCUUCACCUAUGAAGGGGGAAAAGGGAAAAUACAGAUACGUUGUUAGCGAGUGUCCUUGAUUUUAAAACUGUAUAAAUCAUCCUUCCAAAAUUCUUCUCUUUGCCUGUGACAAGUAAUCUUUUUGAUUGGUGAGUAAAAUGGUAAUUUUAAAGCAUCACAAUGACUGAGCAGAUAUGUAAGUUAGGUACAUAUAUUUCCAGCCCAGCCUUUAAUGUUGCAGAAUUUGGUCACCCCUGUCUCAAAUCAAGUAAUUUGUAACAUUUCAUACUAUCUUGAGACUCCCGGGCUAUUACCAAUAUGGUCAUCCUAAUAUUGCAGCCUUAACUCUGAAAGUUCUUCCCUUUGUGGGGUUAUUGUACUUUCAUAUAUAUAUUGUUUCUGGGAGAGGAGGGAGAUUGUUUAAACAAACAAAACUGAAACAUUUUCAAGGCAAGAGAUGUAAGUUGGAAUCCAAGAAGUUACUGUGUGUGGUUGACACCUAUUUCCCUUUUAAAGAAUACUUUGUAUUCAGUAGACUAUAGGAACUCCAUCAUGCAAAUCUUUUUUCAUACAACUUUAAAAAUCAGACUGUCUCUCUUGAUGGACUACACUGGCUCAUUUGGAGCUUGGUUAUAGCUCAUAAGAAAGUAAGCUGUGUUAGGGAGAGAAGGAAGAAGUAUACUGCCUAAAUAUUGGUGCCUGGAGGCAUUCUGCCUCCUUGGAAAGCACAUGGCAGCAAGACGUGAUGUAUCUUGGAAAAGAUGUAGCCAGAAUUGUUCUAGAGCAAUGGGUCAUGAGAGCACCAUCGCCCACUGAGAUCUGCAGCCUAUGGGACUACUGGAGCCUGCUGGCAAUAUUACCUGCCCGUCCUGCUCCUCAGCACAGCUAAUUAUAUAAUGGCUGUCCUACCUGGGGCCUACUUAGGACAAAAGUUUCAGCGUGCUCUGUUCCUACACUAGCACACCUGUGCCAGGUCAUUCAUAACUUGGUCUUUGCUGUGUAAUGUAGAGAGCUGUCUUUCAGUUAAGUUUGCAGGUAGAAAAACAAAGAAAUAUGCCAUUGUUCUCACACAGUAGCUGAUAUGCUAAUAUUAAUAAAAACAUCUGUAUUCAUUUUUUGUCUGCUGAUAUUGAGAAAAACUGUAUUUUAAAAACAAAAAGUCUGAGCAGUGAAAUGCCCAAACAAGCAAACCUCUUCUGUUUUGUUCUUUUCAGUCUUCAACAGGUGUUACCAUAUGAAACACAAUUCAUUGCCAUCCUAUGGUGUGUAACUACUAGCAUCUCUUGAGCAUUGAUUUGGGUUAGUGUUGGGUUAAAAAGUCCUUGUAUAGAUUAUUUUCAGGGACCUAUCAGGAUCAGUGAUCUGGGCUUUAUGAAAUCUUGAAACCUCUACCUCUCCAGGGAGUUUUGACCUGUAUGUAUUUUAAUAAUAAAAUAGCUGAAAGUUAAAUUACUGGAUGCACAAUAAAUACAUAUGUUUCCAUCAGGCUGCUUCCUAUCACCUGCUUGUCUCUUUCUUUUCUUGUCCAUUUCAUGCCAUGGAGAAGCAUGAAAUGGGCAUGCCAAACGUUUGGCUUUUCAAGUGCUAGAAAUCUUACUUGCAGAUACUGUUCAUACCCAUUAUUCACAAUGCUUUCUGGAGUACCCUCAAUACUGGAAAAAUUGUAUUGUAAAUGCCCAUUUUCUUGAUCACCUUCAGGAUUGAACAGUCGGUAUAAAGACUUUCUUGUUAGCUAUCUGUGCUUUGUAUACGUUAUACAUACUAGCCACAAACUAGAAUGGCCAAUAUUCAUGUAUAUUUAAAUAGAUUGAUUUUUCUAAUAAUUUCCGGCCAUCUUCAUUGAGUAAAUAAUGUAACAAAGCAAGCAAAAUUAUACAUUUGAAUAUUUGUGAUUGUGCAUAUUUAUCUUUCACCAUAGCAUUGACCCCUCCAAAACUGAUCUCAUUGCUGUGGUAUUUAGUUUCCAGUGUACUUGGUCAUGUUCAAGAGGCUCCAUAAUUUCAGUUAUUUAAACCAGUCAGACUGAUAUAGCCAGAAAAUGUGGUAAAAGAAUGAAUCUUGUGGCAUUUUUCAUACAUGUAUUUGUUUGGAAGUAUUUAAACGUAUUAAAACAAAGCAAAAAAAUCACAUUUUAUAGCAUUUAUUUACUCUUGUAAUGUUGGUUUAGAAAUCUCAGCACACGGCAACUUAGUGCUAGAGGUGUCCUGUGCUCCCUUAAAACAAAAUUCCACGUGAUCAAAGAAAUCUCAUGAACUGGGUCUUUUUAUUGUCUUUCUUUUUACUGCCUUAGUAAGCACCACUGUCAUGAAAUAUUCAUGGAUAACAACAUUGUCAGCAAUAACUACGGAUUGUUAAAUAUAUAGCUUCACAUUUUGUUACUAGGAAAUUGAAAUAAAUACUUGUUUUUACAUUUCA